ACAAGGCCUAGGUCGCGGAAUGUGUCUCGUGCUUUGGGUGAUGGUUCGCUGAACUCCAGGCCCGAAACCAAAAACCGCACCACAUUUAUGCAAGCAGCCAGCCAACCCUGAAAAUCAAUAAGCUUAUAAACUAAGUCCAAAGCUGGUGCAUGCAACCAGUUGAGUGACAACCAUGUGGCAGUUGGUAGUGGGGUUGGGCCUAAUCCAGCAGCUGAGCUUUGCCAUCGUGGUGGAGCGCAACAUGUUUGCCUACUACAAGGUUCCGGCAUCCCAGUUAAUCUAUUCCCAAGACUUGGAUCAGGAUUCCGACACUACAUCCCAGGAAAUCAAUAAUCUGGCCGGAGGACAAAUCAGCAAUCUCUAUUAUGUGCUGCAGUGUCCACCAAAGCUGGACGACGGCAUUCCCAAGCCGCGUGACAUGCAAACCUGCAGUGUGGUGGACCAGUACAGGGGCAUGUGGAAGAAGAAGAAAACGAAGCCCAAGAAGCUAUAUCACAUGGUUCCAUUCCGGAUAGUAUUAACACCACUAGGACCCCCAGCCAAGAGACGCAGUCUCAAUCGGCGCAAGCGCCAGCACAAGAGUCACAAACAUCCAGAUACUAAGUUUUCAGAGGAUCAGGCUGCAUCACUAUUGAACGAACAGAAGGUGUCUAGCCCGCUUCAGUUCCUGGGACGUCCACACAAACAUCAGAAACUUCUCAAACUUUCUGCGGAUCAUCGCAAGUUCAAAAGAGGCAGUAGCUCCAAGGGUCACCAGCAUAUGUACCAUCGCGAUGAAUCUUACAAUGAUCAUAUCUUCUACGACGAGCUGCAGGACGACGGAGAGAUCCACAAGUCGGGCAAAGAAAAAUCUAAUUAA